CCGGAGAAACUAAGUAAACAAACAUUGCCUCUAAGAAACGCUCGGGAAUCACACGUGUUGAAGAUGAAGGAGGCGGACGAGUCAGACCAAGAGGCCUUUUUGAGGAACAGGAGCUUAGAUGAAUAUGUUAAGACGGUGAUGACGCACAUCCGAGGGUGCCAGAAGCUGAGCAUGGAGCUCCAGGGAUGGCACCACUACAGCGACUUCGUUGGGGUCCGAAACACCAUACAGGAGGUCAACACGAGGAUUACGAACCUGAUUACCAACAUCUUCCAACACCAAGACAUCAAACUGAAACUGACACACACAAAAUUGCUAGACCAGUUCGACAUGGUGAGGGAAGGGAACGAUGCUCUACUGGAAAGAAUCAAUUCAGACAUCGAUGAGGCAUCUGGGCUGAAGAAAGAUAAUGAUUUUGAACCAACAGUCAAAAGAGUGCAAGCUCCGUCGUCAGCCAGUUCGCCCAGCAAGAAUGUGGUCCUCAUGGCCUCGCGGAAUGUCCAGAAGCCGCAGCUGUUCUUCAAGGAGAAAGUGAACAACUCGAAGAAGGAGCCCUUUAUUCCCAUGAUCACCGAGAAACCAAACUCCAUGAAGCCGUUGUCGAUCCUCAUUUGCUUGGACGGAACUCAGGAGUACUACAACCACCCCUACGAGUACGAGCUAAACCACUGGAUGCCCGACCCUGCGCAGCUCGAGACGGUGAAGCCCAGACGCCCCAGGCCCCUAGGACAGACCCCCCUGAAGAUGGUGACGGAGGUGCAUGAGCUGGAGGCCCUGGUCGAGGAACUGAAGACGUGUUCCGAGAUCGCGGUCGAUUUGGAGCACCAUGCCUUCCGGUCGUAUCAGGGACUCACGUGUCUCAUCCAGGUGUCAACAAGGACGAAGGACUACCUUAUCGACCCCUUGGCUCUAAGGGGCCAGCUCACCAUUCUCAACGAGGUGUUCACUAAUCCCAAGAUUACUAAGGUACUUCACGGGGCAGACUUUGACAUCCUGUGGCUCCAGAGGGACUGUGGCGUAUAUGUCGUCAACAUGUUCGACACCCACCAGGCUGCCAUAGUCCUGGAAUAUCCGCACCGUUCCCUGGCUGCGUUACUCUCCAAGUUCUGCGACAUUCAAGCAAACAAGGUGUACCAACGAGCCGAUUGGAGAAUAAGGCCCCUUCCCGAGGACUUUUUGGAAUACGCUCGGCAAGAUUCUCACUACCUUCUCUAUGUUUACGACCUCAUGCGGAACGAGUUGAUCGAACGAGGGAACCAGCUGAAUAACUUGAUCACGGCCGUCUACAGCAGAUCGGUAGACAUAUGUUUAAAACGCUAUGAGAAGCCAUUCAUAGGACCAGACAGCCACAUGGAUUUGUACCGUCGAAGCCGCAAAACCUACGACGCGAAACAGAUGUACGCGUUGAGGGAACUGUACCUUUGGAGAGACAAUGUUGCUCGGGAACAAGAUGAAAGUCCAGAUUACGUUUUGCCAAAGCACAUGUUGCUGCAGAUUGCUGAGGUGUUGCCCAAGGAGAUGCAGGGAGUGCUGGCCUGCUGCAACCCCAUCCCGCCCCUUGUCAAGACGGAGCUGCUCACAAUGCACACCAUCAUCAGAGCAGCGAGGGAACAGAAGCUCCUGCCGGUCCUGGAGGAGUCGGUGGAGCAGCAGCUUCCGCAAGUCCAGCUGCAGAUGGAGGAGCUGAACACAGGCCUGGUGAUCAGCAAGCACGACCUGUCCACAGUGGAGGAGAACCCGACCGACCUGCCCACCCUCCUGAACCCUAGGGAGACCUUGCUCGGCUGAUCUCUUUUCGCAGCCCAGGAUAGACGUCAGAGUGAAGGAGAAGUCCAGGAUGUUCGGCUGCG